CCGGCCCGCGCGUCCCGUUGCUAGGGGCGAGGGCGGCAGCCGCCAUGGCCGGCUCGCUGGAGCCCGGGCGGGAGGCGGGAGCCGACCUGGUGCAGGUUAAAGAAGAUCUUCACAAGCUUAAAGUCAAAGUGAAAAAUAUCAACUUGAAAGGAAAAGUAGAAACUGUGGACAUUAGUGACCUGGAUACAGCAACUAAAAGAACUGAACUUGGGCUGAGAACACAUGCUGAAAAUUAUUUAAAUGCUGUAAACAGACAAGAGUUAACUAUUUCUUCUACUAAUAAUAAAGAAGUGCAUUCAAAAGAGCCCCCUAAGCGGGGCCUUCCUUUUGGUGCUUCUCAGAAACAGCUUAUUUUACCACGAGUACCUGUUGAGCCAGUGACUGUCCAGGCAUACAACAAAUCAGCACUACGAUUUUCUCAAAGUUCACAGCAUCAGCUGGAAAUGGAUAUGAAAAUUAUGCUUGACCCAGAGAACAUCAAUAAUAAAGCUGGUUUAAAGCUGCAGAACUGUGAGACCAAGCUGCCACUUAUAACUAAGAAAAAAUCUGAUCCUAUGUGCCGUCAGAAGAUAGUGAAAGGCCAUACAGGUGGCAGCCUUUGGGGUUUGCCAGCCUCUCACCACACGGAUUCUCCCUUACCCCUGUUAGAAGAAGAUCUAACCAAAGGUAUUCUGAGCUUAACUGAGCAACGGCUUAUCCCCCCAGCAGCAAAGUUAACUCUGCAGACACCUCCUGUUCUACACAAAGCAGUACCUUUCCAUGAAUUUCAGAGGCAGCACAAGAAGUCGGCCGUAGGAGAGAUUAGUAGCAGGGUAGACCCUGAGAAUACAGACACCAUCACCUUCCAAAACUCAAAGGAAGCCACCUAUGGCAAAUAUUCCUCUAGUAAAAGUGACAUUCCACCACUUCCAUCUAGCAGCUCCGUGGUUUCAACAAGGAAAUCAAAUCCAUUGCGGACGUAUCCAGCUCAACAGUUGGAAUCUGAGCUACAGAUUCCCUCUCAGGCCCCGCAACCGUCUCCGUGUCAGUCCUUACAGGAUCUGGGCUUUGAUGGUGACAUUGCUGUUUACCAUGGCACGAUAGACCAGAAAGCUCCAGGGUUCCUGGCGUUCAAGCAACAUUAUUGUUUGUCUUGGGGGAGCAUCGUCCUUUUAUUGGAACACACAGAAAAGCUUCUCAAGGACUACGCCGUACCGCUGGCUACAAUAAACUGUAAAAAGUUGGCGGAAGUCGCAUCAGCCUUUGAGCUUAACGAGAAUCCCACCAAAAGCGCCAUUCUGUCAGUGAUAAAGAAUCAGUCAGCUGUGGAAAAGAUCUUAAAUCGACCUGGCCAAAGAUACAAAGGCCAAGGGGGUAUGGAAAUGGCCGCCGCGAAGAUCCAAGCGACGUGGCGACGUUACCGGGCCAGAAGAGGCUCCGUCGGUUGCAGGCAGCAGCAGUGGGCAGCAGGUGGGAUGGCCGUCUCUUGGCUGGCACGGAAGCACAUGGCACGUGUGAAAAACACCCUGAAGGAAUCACGUCAGAGACACCUGGAGAAUUUUUACAUCAGGGCCAAGCAUCUGGCAGCCAACUGGAAUCGCAUCAGGACCUCCAGGAGGACUAUUAUCCAUAUCCCAUCAUUAGGAUUUUCCCAGUGCAUCCGUGAGCAUAUUCCUGAUCUCGCUCUCCAGCAGAACACGCAGAUGGGAAGGCUGUGUGACACCCUGGAUGCCAACGUGGACGUCAUCUACAUCUGCCCCCUUCAUCUGAGUGAGGAGUUACUGCAGUAUUACAAUAAACUCCUGGGUCUGCAGGCAGCUGUUAGAUCUGGGAACCCCGAGGACAUGGGUGACCUGCAGGACAGGUUCAAAAUUCUCACCCCUGAAGCUAUAAACAGCUUCCCUAAGCAUCACAUGUGCUUAGCCACACAGCUCAAGUGCAGUCCCAAGACAAUCAAAAGAAUAAAAAGUCUUAUCCAGAACAGAGAUGCCUACAUUAUUGGAGGGGUUCCCCACAAAGAUGAUUUAGCAGUGGCUGACAUGCUAAAUGUGCCUAUAUUAGGCUCGGUGCCAGAAGUGGCUCAGCUCUACAGUAACAAGUCAGGAAGUAAACGAAUUUUUGCCAGUGCUUGUGUGCCAACCCCUCCUGGAGCAGGGGACAUCUCCAGCGAUGACCAGAUGAUUCGUGUCCUGAGCCAGCUGAUCGCGGACAAUAUGGAGGUGCGGCGUUGGCUGUUCAAAGUGAACGAUGGAUGUGGAGGAAAUGGCACUGCCUACUGUGAUAUCAUUGCCCAUCUGAGAUGCUACCCCUGGGUUCAACAGGAGCGUCAGCGAUACAGCCCCGAGACAUGGAGCCAGAAGUGGGCACGGGAGCCAGCUUUGGUGAAAAUCUCCCAGGAGCUGCCGGGCCUUUUAGCACAGCACGUACAGCCAGUCAAUGAGAAACGAUUCCCUACAUGGGAAAAAUUCCUCCAAACAUUUCUUAGUCAAGGUGGUGUGAUAGAAGCCUUCCCACUCUCCGAAAACGUCACCAACCUGACGGUGGACAUGCUGAUAGAGCCAACGGGCGAGGUACAAAUAGUGUCCUCUGGAGACCAGCUCCACGCUGAAGGUCCUUUGAGGUCAUCUGGCACCACCAUUCCCCAAUGCUCUGUCGAUCCAGCUGUUCUCAAUCCCCUCUGCCUAAAAAUUGGUGAAACCUGUAAAUCUAAAGGAGUGCUUGGUUACUUCUCAGUGGAUUUUGUGACUUUCAUCCAUCCACAAACCAUGGAGCAGAAGGUGUGGGCAACAGACCUGGACCUUUGCUACAGUGACCAGCUGGCCUUGACCCAGCUCGUGUUGUACGUGACAGAUGGAAACGUGGAUUGUGGCUCCGGCUGCUUCGAAGUCUCUCUUCCUUCAAAGAAAAUGAGAAGCCACCACAGUCAGCACGAGGAGACAAAACCCCCCUCUGCGGUAAGGCAGCGGUGCGCGGUGGCCAGCAGCCAGCUGAGGCACUCCAGCCUCUCCAGGAUCUCCUACAACCUUCUCCUCCAGAUGUGCAGAGCUCAGGGGGUUGGAUUUGACCUCCAGGAAAAGCAGGGAACAGUUUUCAUAUUGUACGAAGACCAGAAGCGCUACAGGUUGGGAAUGGUAACAAUCGGAGAGGAUCUCCAGGGGGUCCUCAUGACCUUUGCUCGCAAUCUCUUCAUCAUCCAUCAAGAAAUAUCAGCACCUAAUAUGCAAGGCGAGACCAAUUUUAAGAUGGCAAUUCGAGAUAUUGAAGCAAUUCUAGGAAUUACAGCAGAAAACAAACUGAAAUUGGAAGAAGAGCAACCUCCGAAAGCAGAUGCUCUGAAAGAAUAGUUAACGGGAAAUGUUUAAAUGCCUUAUUCUUUAUGCUUCUGGAAAUGCUUUCUCAUCUGUAAGAACAGGUUGGGUUUUCCUUCUGCGUCGGUGUGUGAAGUAAUAUUAACUGAGAUGGCACGUUGCUGUGGGUUCUGAGUUCAGAAUGGUUUCAUGGUUCAAAAUAUCCCUUCUUUCACAAAAAUAAACUGUUGAAAAGCAGAGGAUCGUAACAGUUAAAUGCCCCUGGUGUUCACCCUGUCCUUCCUGAAGUGCAGUAUCUGUUUUUACAUCUCAUUAAUAGACUACACAGGGAUCACACUUUGUCACUAAAUCAGAUGAAAUCACACUGGACUGAGAAGAGCCCUGUGACCCUCAAUUCCCUUUCAAACCCACUGUCUGCUAAAACACAGGCCUCCAGCAGGAAGGUAGGCCCAGUGUUCCUCUCCCUAUCAAUAAAUAGACUUAAAUACCACCUUAUAGCUAAGACCAGCAACCCAGAUUCUUGUUAAAGAACAACAGUUAUGUUUGUAAAAUUAUUUUUGUCCUUCAAAUCUCUCAUCUCAUUCCAACAGACAUUUUAAAUUUCCCUCCAGAAGAGUGCAUCUCCCUCCCCAGGGCGCUACUGUCCCACACACGGCGAGUAUCUUUGGGGUUACUUCCCAAAGAGGUCAGGGAAAACCAGUUUUUAAGACAAAUAGUGAACGUGACCAAGCCAUUGCAGCAGCUCAGCCCCCAGUUUUUCCCCUGCCCAAGUCUCUGAUCCAUUACUUUUAAACAUUACCUUU